AUGACAAGUGAAGCAGAUGUUCCAUUUAAUUCUAUAUCAGGAAUAUGGAUGGGUGAAGCACAACCAGCUGAAGAAUUUGCUGACUUUUUCAUUCCUAUUAAUCCAAUCCGUUGAGACUUUAAAGAUCAGCAAAUUAUCUAUUGUGCUAAUUAUUUUUCAAUGCCACAAUAUGGUGAAUAUCAUCUUUAUUCAUAUUCAUAUCAACUGCAACAUUAUGAUCGUAUAACAAAUAAUUUUCCAGGUGGAAUAUUUACAGGUGUUUGUAAAGUGUCAUUAUGGGAUAAAUGUCCUUUUGAACAUGAAUUUUUUCUUCGAAUUACUUAA